UCUGAAGGAAUUUAGUAUAGUGCUAGGGUGUAGUGGUAAAAACUGGAUUAGAUUCUCUAGGAAUCCCGUCCUCCUUGGUAGUACGCAGUGGUUUGAACAAUUCUUUACGAGUCAGAGAAAGUUUACCAAUAAUGAAGCAUAACAUUAAAAAUUUCCUGAAAGUGAGAUAUAGUUUGCAGUUUACAAUUUUCAGGAGAAGGAGAGACGCACCCAAAAUUUUUGUCAGUGCAGACAAUCAAUGAUAUAAUUUCACCCUAGGAAUACGACCAAUUCCGUGUACUAGGGUGUACAGAAUGUGAAGUGACAUAGAAAAUAAUGAAUCACACGUAAAAACGUUCCCUGAUCGACGUGUGGUUGAGGGUAUCAGCCAUGUAUCAGCAUUAAUGGAGAAGUAAAUGUAAAUAUAAAGAAAUGGAUCAGACAGUGACUGAAGAAAAUUUGCAACAGAUAUGCGCGAAAUUAUCUGACACGGAGGUCGCUGUAAACAAUGAAUUGGAUCUUAUUUUGUCCAGAUAUUGCCAUGUCGAAGCGAAAUUGCAGAAUAUCAGUAAAGUUCUUCCUAAUCUUACUAUAAUCCAUUCCGAAGCUGACAAACUGGGAGAAAUGAUCACGUUUACCAACAGGCUUGCUGAAAAUGUUAGCGCCAAAGUUAGACGACUGGAUUUAGCACGUAGCAGAGUAUCCGAGUGCCAGAAUCGAGUGCACGAUGUUCUCGAUUUACAGCUGUGCAGUCAAGGUGUUGCUACAGCAUUACGGAAUGAGGAUUAUGAACAAGGUGCUGCCCAUGUGCAUCGUUAUUUAUCCAUGGAUAGGCAACUCCUGGAGCGAACAGCUCAAGACGUUUCUGGAGAUCACACAAGCAUUUCAAGUUCACUAGUUACACUUCAGCAGGCUGCGCACCAGCUCAGAACAGUCAUAACUCACAAGUUUGACGAGGCGGUAAAAGACGAAGACUUGGCGUCUGUCGAACGGUUUUUCAAAAUAUUCCCUCUAUUGGGAAUGCACAACGAAGGCCUCAGCAAAUUUUGCCAGUAUUUGUGCACCAAGCUCCAAGAAACUGCACAAAAAAAUUUGAAAGCUGCACUCGACGCUAAACAGACAGACAAACGAGCAUCAGUCAUUUACGCGGACACAAUGACCCUCUUGUUUGAAGGAAUCGCACGAGUCAUUGAAAUUCAUCAACCAAUUAUAGAAACUUUUUACGGCCCUGGAAAGUUGCUACCAACAGUCGUUAUUUUGCAAAAAGAAUGUGAUAGGCAAAUAAAAAAAAUCGUCAGAGAAUUUAUGGUACAUCGAAAUGUUUCGAAAAAAGUACAUGCAAUAAAUGAACUGCUUCGCAAACAGAGUGCAGACAAAAUUGAUCCAAAGGAUCUUGACUUACUCCUUGGGGAAAUAACAAUAAUGCAUUCUCGUGCCGAACUAUACAUCAGAUUUCUACGAAGAAGAAUAAGCAACGACUUGGAGAUAGGUGUAGCGAACAUUGAUCAGCGAAAAGAUCAACUUCAGGAAUUUGAAUUGUACAUUGGUAAAAGUGAGCUAGCUCAUGCGAUGCAGGAGCUGCUAGGUGCUUAUCUGGCAUUGGAGAGAUAUUUUUUGGAGGAAAGUGUAAACAAAGCGGUUGGAAUGGACACACUGGACCAAGAUCAACAAACAUCGAGUAUGCUCGAUGACGUUUUCUUCAUAGUACGGAAAUGUGUAAGACGUGCUAUCUCAAGCUGGAGCGUUGAUGGUGUUUGCGCCGUUGUUAAUAUGGCCUGUGGCAUUCUCGAAGGGGAAUUUGCAAGCCAACUAAGAAGCAGACUGCGCCAAGGAUAUCCCGCAGGAUACUUAGACUUGGCUCAAGCUUACAACGCUCUCCAGACGAGCAUACAGCAUGGUCGUUUACAAGCAUCGGACACAGAACUUGCACGGCUCAUGUUUUUGGCGUACCUGAACAAUACGGACGUCAGCAUCGAACACGUCGAAACAUUGACAAAGAGCCUUGGGGAAGAGAUUGCAACGGCAUUUCCCAAUAUGCGAGAAAAAGAGAGGGGUAAAUUUGACAGCUGUUUGGCUGGAUUACGAGGCGUGACGUCAACUUUGCGUGCGGUUGUCGACUAUGGGUUAGAACAGUUACGUGCAAGCGCUGUCAAACCUAGAGUAACGCCUUGGGUGGAUUCAUUUUUGUCAUUAAAUCAUCACAUAAACGAGGAUGAAUUACUGGGAUAUGAAACCGAGGAACCGUUCGUUCAGACUCUCGUGAUGAACUUGGAAGGGUUGCUGCAGGUGUUUAAAGGCGGACUCACACCUUCAAACUAUGACGCACUGAUCGGUAUUCUCACAGCAGAAGUUACCGCCCGUUUCGAGAAAGUCGUUCUGAAAUCAACUUUCAACAGGGCAGGCGGACUUGUACUUGACAAGGAAAUACGAGCUCUGGCAGGCUACUUAGCCGCAGCAACUUCUUGGUCUGUGCGUGACAAGUUUGCAAGAUUGACUCAAAUCGCAACCGUUCUCAGCGUCGAAAAGGUUGAGGAACUCGCUGACUACUGUGGCGCUGAUGCUGUCGCCUGGCGAUUAACACCUGCUGAGGUCAGACGCAUCGCGUCUCUGAGAACAGACUUAAGACCUGAAGAUAUCAAGAGAUUGAAAUUGUAAUUCGAUAUUACAGCUACUUGCAUGUUUACGAGAACAUGAAUUGUGUAACAACAAUGACAAUACAACGUUAUGAUUUAGAAA